AUGAACUCUCUUUGCACUGUCUUCCUCCUUUUUGCUGUUUUUGCUUCAGCAAAGCAUUGUCAACCUCACGAAGAGUUCCGUUCGGAUUGCGGAAAUCGCUGUUUCGAAGCUUGUGGCUCUGAUGAAUUCACCGCCUGCCCAAAAGCGUGCGAAACUGGCUAUUUUUGCCAAAAAGGCUACAAACGACAUCAUAACGGGACUUGUGUCUUAGCAAAGGAUUGUCCUUGCCCUCGAAAUGAGAUCUGGGCGGAUUGCGGAAGUGGCUGCGGCGACAAUUGCGGAAGUGAAAACAACAAAAUUUGCCCUGCUGUCUGCAAAAUCGGAUGUAUUUGCAAAAAAGGUUACAGUCGAGAUGUCACUGGGCACUGCAUUCCCUCGGAAAAUUGCCCGAAUCGCCUGAAAUGUGGCAAAAAUGAAGAAAAAAUCAAAUUAAAUCGAUGCGCGGAAAGUUGUUUCGCUAAAAAUUGCUCCGAUGAACGAUUUGAAGGUUGUUUCUGCAAAUCAGGCUUUGCUCGAAAUUUAAAUGGAGAAUGCGUUCCACGGAAAUUCUGCCCAAAAGAGCCGGUUUGUGCGAAUUCUUAUGAAAUUUUUAAACCCGAUGGCAGUCCGUGUCAAGAUCACUGCGAUAAAGCGAUCCGACGAUGUGCGGAUGACAGGCAACCCGGAUGUUUUUGCAUCGAGGGAUUCGCUCGUGAUUGGGAAAAUGGACUUUGUCGCCCUUAUCUGCCGAAUAACAAGGGAAUUUUGACUUGCGGUGAAAUGUGUGGAAAAAAUGCUGAAUGGAGCCAAUGUACAUCGUCGUGCGAUAACGAAUGUGAUUUUGUCGUUGGAUUGCGCCGUUGUAUGAUAAAUCACAUAAGAUGUCCAGAUGAUUGUCGUUGCAAAAAAGGAUUUGCGAGAAAAUAUCAGCGUCAUAAUUCGGAAUCGUGUUACAUUUCACUUUCGCCCUGCACAGAUGUCCUCGUGGUCCGAACGAACAAUGGACCGAUUGUGGCAAUUCCUGCGAGGAAAAUUGUAUCAACAGUGGCAACUCGAAUUGCAUCCAAAAAUGCGAAGUUGGGUAUUUUUGUCAAACCGGAUUCAAGCGACAUGCGAAUGGAACUUGUAUCGAUGAGACGCGUUGCGAGUGCAAAGAUCCCAAUAUGGAAUGGAAUGACUGUGCAAGUGCUUGUGGCGAUGGAUGUCCCAUAA